CCUGUCGGUCUGUUACCUACGGAUAAAAAACCAAGCUACAAAUCGUCGGCAAGAAGGUUUAUCUCUCAGUGCGCGCUCUUUCUGUAUCUCACUUUCGCAUGGAGUGAAGGUAGAGUCACUUUCGCACGGAGGCGCAAUAGAGUUCACUCGGCAGAAGUUGCUUCGACUUUAUCUCUGCUAAAGUCUCUCUGAGCUGAGAAGAGCAGAGACGUUUUUUUUAUUCUUCCACUCGGGCAUAACUCUUUAACCUUGUUUCAGAAAGACAACCCGCUGCGGAUGCUGCUUUAGAACGUAUUUCCAUAUUUGCUUCAUCUGUUGCAUUUUUAGCCCACCCCAACCCCAUGAAGUAUUUCUGGAUUCUUAGCUUUUUUAGUCUGCUGUUGGUGGGUUGCUCUCGCGGCUUUGAUUUGAAUUGGACGGAGGUGGUCUUCAAUGGCGAGGUGUCAGUCGGUGGGUCUCCGCUCUUCGUACCACUGACUCUGAUUCAAUCGGCUGCAGCUAAAGGAGCUGUGUGUUUGGAUGGGAGCUUGCCGGGUUACCACUUUCACCAAGGAUUUGGAAAUGGAGCUAAUAGUUGGCUUGUUCAAUUAGAGGGAGGAGGCUGGUGCAAUAACAUUAGGACGUGUUUUUACCGUAAAAAAACCCGGCGGGGUUCAUCAAAUUACAUGGAGAAACAGCUACAGUUCACAGGAAUUUUGAGUGAUAAACCUGAAGAUAAUCCGGGUCGAUAUUUUUAUAACUGGAACAGAGUAAAGAUUCGCUACUGCGAUGGUGCAUCUUUCCUUGGUGAAGGCUACAAUAUGGCUGCAGGCCUCUACUUCCGUGGUCAACGCAUAUGGUUAACUGCUAUGGAAGAAUUGAUGUCAAAGGGAAUGCGUGAGGCUAAUCAGGCAUUUCUUAUUGGAUGCUCUGCGGGUGGUAUAGCAGCUAUACACCAUUGUGAUGAAUUUCACGCAUUGUUUCCAGGAAGUACAAAAAUCAAGUGUCUUGCUGAUGCUGGAAUGUUCCUUGAUGCUGUUGAUGUGGCUGGUCGACGCACCCUGAGAUCCUUUUUUAGUGGAAUAGUUAAUUUACAGGGGGUGUCAAGGAACUUACCUGGAACCUGUACUUCGCACCUGAAUCCUACUUUGUGUUUCUUUCCUCAGAAUGCCCUGUCCGAUGUUCGGACCCCACUUUUUAUUCUGAAUUCAGCAUAUGAUGUAUGGCAGCUUCAGGAGAGUCUGGCUUCCAAAGCGGCUGAUCCUCAUGGUUAUUGGCAAGAUUGUAACAUGAAUAAUGCAAAAUGCAACACAGGACAAAUCCAGUUUUUACAAGGCUUCAGGAAUGAAAUGCUUAAUUCUGUAGAGAAGUUCUCGUCAUCAAGCAAAAAUGGAUUAUUUAUUAAUUCAUGUUUCGCUCAUUGCCAAAGUGAGAGGCAGGAUACCUGGUUUGGAAACGAUUCCCCAUUUAUUAGGAACAAGAGAAUUGCAGAAUCUGUUGGUGAUUGGUACUUUGAUCGGUCUCAAGUGAAGAUCAUUGACUGUCCAUAUCCUUGUGAUCAAACCUGCCACAACCUUGUAUUCAAUGGAAGACAUUGAAUUCUCGGAUAAUACACCAUUUGAAUUUUCAUAUUCAUAUCUAAGCAGUGAAUAACAGCUCCGUGCUCCGUGAGUUUUCAGGACAUCCAGUCUGCUCACCAAGUGGAAGUUCCUUGCUUCCGAUAUCUGGAGCUUUGUUAUUGUAGUAUAUGUUCCAUUGUCAAUGGGUUUGAUUACUCCAAAUCCCAUCAGUGGAGUUCAUUUUAAAUUGGUUGAAUUCGACACAGCAAAAUUGGUUUUUAUGAAUAAAUUUGCUGGAUUAAA